CGCACUCAGAACAGACCCGACACCAGCUGCUCACACAGAGGAGGAAUCCCCCCGGAUCACCGCCGGACACUCAGAGGAAGAUGAACUGGGGCUUCUUGGAGAACGUCCUCAGCGGGGUGAACAAGUACUCCACUGUGAUCGGGCGGAUCUGGCUCUCCGUGGUCUUCCUCUUCCGGAUCCUGGUGUACGUGGCGGCGGCGGAGCAGGUGUGGAAGGACGAGCAGAGGGACUUCGUGUGCAACACCCGGCAGCCCGGCUGCGAGAACGCCUGCUACGACCACUUCUUCCCCAUCUCGCAGAUCCGCCUGUGGGCCCUGCAGCUCAUCAUGGUGUCCACGCCGUCGCUGCUGGUGGCGCUGCACGUGGCCUACAGGGAGCACCGCGAGGUCAAGCACCACCGCAAGCUGUACAAGGACAAAGGGAGCAUCGACGGCGGUCUGUUCUGCACCUACAUCGUCAGCCUGGUCUUCAAGAUGACCUUCGAGGCCGGCUCCCUGUUCGCCUUCUACUUCCUGUACGGCGGCUUCCAGGUGCCCACGCUGCUCCGCUGCAGCCAGAGUCCCUGCCCCAACACGGAGGACUGCUUCAUCGGCCGGGCCACGGAGAAGAAGAUCUUCCUCUACAUCAUGGGCUGCACCUCCAUGCUGUGCAUCGGCCUGAAUUUCGCGGAGCUCGUGUACAUCAUCUGGAAGCACCUGUGGAAGUGCUUCACCCGCCGCUACGUCCCCGUGAGGGAGAAGGAGGUCAGACAAUGCAGGUCGCCGUUUUCUGUUGUCAACGAGUUUGCGUCAGCUGAUCCCACAGUAAACACGGAGGAGGGCACCAGACGGCCUGCUCCGCCUGCUGAAAACCAGCCUGUCCAGUCCUAG